AAAAUACUUAUUUUAUUUUUUACUCAUUAAACACCAUUUAAAAUUAUAUAUUAUAGUUUUAUCACAACUUUUGAUAUUAAAUGGAAAAUAUAAAAAUUGCAUCUGUGGAGCACAUUCUUGUAAAAAAGUUUAAUGAAGGUAUGAAUGGGUGUGGUAAGCGCUGCUUAUCUUUAAUUACAGAAGUAGCUGGUGAAACUCAUUUAUCCAUAAAGACAGUUAAAAGCUGGAUUGCUAGGCACAAAGCAAAAAGCCGAAAAUCAGAUGUGGAUUUUAGUGUUAAACAAAAAAGAAAAAAAGUGUCUAUAAAUACUCAGGUGCUAAGGGGGUACGAUUUAUGGAAACAAAACCAGUUAUUGUCAUUAGAAGGUAUUUUUUGCAGUAAAUUUAAUCUUUACUAUUAUUAUAAUAAUUAUCUUUAUAUUCUUUUUGUUUACUCAAUAUGGAUUCUUCAUCAACUUUCUCUUCUUUUUUGUCAAACUUAUUUGUUUAAACCAACUUUUCUUUUUGAUAUUGGAUAG